GCGUGAGAGUGGCCGAUGGCAGAGGGUGCGGCGGAGGCCUCAGGAGAGAAUGGUGGCGGUGGCGACUCAGGAGCCGGCACGCUGGAACGGGGAGUGGCGCCCAUUAAAUCUCGAUACCUUACCACCAAGGAGCAGUUCCACGAAUUCCUGGAAGCCAGAGGGCAGGAAAAGUCCAGCCGGAAAACCAAGGCAGGAGACCUUGGUGGCCAUGACCCUGCUGGGUCUGAGGCCAAGCGGAUCCGCCUGGAGGAUGGAGACGGGCAGACGGAGGAGGCAGCUGAGUACAGGGAGGAGCCUCAGGCUCAGAAGAGAGCCCGGGGCCAGAACAAGGGCCGGCCCCACCUGAAGCCCAACCACUAUGACAAGAACAGGCUCUGCCCCUCCCUGGUCCAGGAAUCGGCUGCUAAGUGCUUUUUUGGUGAUCGCUGCCGCUUCCUGCAUGACGUGGGCCUCUACCUGGAGACCAAGCCAGCUGACCUGGGUCCCUGCUGUGUACUAUUCGAGACUUACGGCAGGUGCCCAUAUGGUGUGACCUGUCGCUUUGCUGGGGCUCAUCUGGGGCCCGAGGGCCAGAAUCUGGUACAAAAGGAGGUGGUCCCGGCCCCGCCUAUCCGCAACAGUCUGGACAAGGCCCUCCAGCAGCAGCUGCGAAAGCGCAAGAUCCACUUUGAGCGUGCAGAGCAGGCCCUGCACCAGCUAGGAAAGGGCCACCAGCCAGGCUCCACCCCACCUGCCACUGUCCCCGAGGUCAUGGGGGCUGAGGGUACGCCAGGACAGGACAACUGUGAUGCCCAGCAGGCCCCCCGGGGGCCCGGCGCCGGCACCCCUCCCAGCAUCCCUGAGCAAACCUGCGGGCCCCUGACCGAUGAGGACAUAGUCAGGCUGCGACCCUGUGAGAAGAGGCGGCUUGACAUCGGUGGCAAACUGUACCUGGCGCCCCUCACCACGUGUGGGAACCUGCCCUUCCGGCGGAUCUGUAAACGCUUUGGGGCCGAUGUGACGUGUGGGGAGAUGGCCGUCUGCACCAACCUGCUGCAGGGCCAGACAUCCGAGUGGGCCCUGCUCAAACGCCACCCGUGUGAGGAUAUCUUUGGUGUCCAGCUGGAGGGCGCCUUCCCCGACACCAUGACCAAGUGUGCCGAGCUGCUGAACCGCACCAUAGAGGUGGAUUUUGUGGAUAUCAAUGUUGGCUGCCCCAUCGACCUCGUGUACAAGAAGGGCGGGGGCUGUGCCCUCAUGAACCGCUCGGCCAAGUUCCAGCAGAUUGUCCGCUGCAUGAACCAGGUGCUGGAUGUGCCCCUGACUGUAAAGAUCCGCACAGGCGUCCAGGAGCGUGUGAACCUGGCACACCAGCUGCUGCCCAAGCUUCGGGACUGGGGGGCAGCCCUGGUCACGCUCCACGGUCGCUCUCGAGAGCAGCGCUACACCAAGCUGGCCGACUGGCAGUACAUCGAGCAGUGUGUGACGGCGGCCAGCCCUAUGCCCCUGUUUGGAAAUGGGGACAUCUUGUCAUAUGAGGACACUAACCGUGCCCUGCAGACUGGUGUCGCUGGGGUCAUGAUUGCCCGCGGCGCCCUGCUCAAGCCGUGGCUUUUCACGGAGAUCAAGGAGCAGCGACACUGGGACAUCUCGUCCUCUGAGCGCCUGGACAUCCUGCGGGACUUCACCCACUACGGCCUGGAGCACUGGGGCUCGGACACGCAGGGUGUGGAGAAGACCCGCCGCUUCCUCCUCGAAUGGCUCUCCUUCCUGUGCAGGUAUGUGCCGGUGGGCCUGCUGGAACGGCUGCCACAGAGGAUCAACGAGCGGCCCCCCUACUACCUGGGCCGAGACUACCUGGAGACGCUCAUGGCCAGCCAGAAGGCCUCCGACUGGAUCCGCAUCAGUGAGAUGCUGCUGGGACCUGUGCCGCCCAAUUUCGUCUUCCUGCCAAAACACAAGGCCAAUGCAUACAAGUAGCUUUGGGGGUAGGAGGGGUGUCGGAGGGGCUCCCUAGUGCUUGAGAAGACAAUAAAUUUUAUUCUUUUUAAAAUCCAGGCCUGUGACUCUGAGGUUGCCCCUUCCUACUCCUGGGACCUUUC